UCGAUACAAUAGUGUUUAUUUUAAUCACAAUCUAUUGUAGUUUAAUUGAUUUCCAAAAUGCUUGCUGAAUGGAUUAAAUCAUUGGAUAAAAAAACAAGUGAACGUACUGAUGAAGAUCUGGAGAUAAUUUAUAAGAAACUGAAAACAUUUAAAUUAUUUCGUCGUGUUCAUCCAUCAGUAAUACAGCAAUUAUGUUUUGUAGCCAUUAUUGAACAUAUUGAAAAAGGAGUUGUCUUAUAUAAACAAGGUGAUGAAGCCUUGAAUUGGUAUUCAUUAAUAUAUGGAUCAUUAGAUGUUCAAAUAACACAUACUGGUAAAAGAAAAGAUAUUGUUACCGUUUGUACACUUGGAUCCGGAACGGCAUUUGGUGAAUGUGUCCUAAAUGAUGGACAUCAUUCUGUUAGUGUUAUAUCGAAUGAACCAUGUACAUUAUUACGGGUACCAAAAACAGCAUUCCAAGAUAUUUGGCAAAAAAGUUCACAUUUUAUGGAGGAAAUAAUAACAUCACCAUUUUCAUUGAAUGAAUUGAAUGAACAUUCUACAAAUAAAACAUUCAAUCAAACAUCAACAACAACGACAAAGAUUAUGGAAAAAUCUUCAACAUCACAAGAACAGCCAUCCACAAAUCGAUUAAUGAUGGAUAAAGAUCAGAAUGAUGAAACAGAUGAUCAAAAUCAAGAAAUUCAACUUUCAGAAAAUGCAAUAAAAUUGAUGCAUGCCGGUUGGGUAAUACGAUUACGUAUUCAACAAACAGCUUCACAUCUAAUUCGUGACCGUAAACAUCCAUCAACAUCAGAAAUAUUUGAUAAAUGUUUUAUCAGUUCUGAAUUAACCGAUUGGAUAAUCAAUGUAACAAUGACAUCAAGUCGUAUAAAAGUUCGUUCACGUAAACAAGCCGAAUCUAUAUAUCAGGUUUUGUAUGAAAAUAAAAUCAUUUAUUCCGUAUAUCCACCAAAUGAAGAGAAUUCAUUCACCGAUCGUUAUGCAUUUUAUCGUUUCUGUUUCGAUGAUGUUAAUGAUGAAAAAUCACAGACAUUAGUGAAUUUAUUCCAACAGAAUGUCCCUAUUGAUGAGAAUCGAAUAUCUGAUUAUCUUUAUGAAAAUCUAACAUUUUUAUUACAACUAGCACCGGAAGCAAUACUGCGUCAAAUUUUACGUAAACCACCGGAAAAUCGAACCGAAGAUGAUAUUGAUAUUGUUUAUGAAGAAAUAAUGAACAUUAAAGCAUUUUCUCAUCUAUCGAAUACUGUGAAAAAAGAAUUAUCGGCUGUAAUUGCAUUCGAAUCCAUUGAGAAAAAAUCGACAACAUUAUUUAAACAAGGUGAUCGUGGAACUUGUUGGUACAUAAUUUUAAGAGGAAGUGUUAAUGUUGUCAUCGCAAGCAAAGGUAUUGUAUGCACAUUGCAUGAAGGCGAUGAUUUUGGAAAAUUAGCAUUGGUAAAUGAAGCACCACGUGCAGCUACAAUCAUAACGAAUGAAAUGGAUUGUCAAUUUUUGCGUGUGGAUAAAGUACAUUUUGAUCGUAUACUCAAAGAUAAUGAAGCAUCAAUUGUUCGACUGAAAGAAUGUGGUAAAGAAGUAUUAAUCCUACAGAAAAUGUCGAUGAAACAACAACAAUCAAAAAAGAGUGAAAAUGAACCGACAAAUUUCAAAUAUAUGGUUAUGGCUGGUACACCGGAAAAAGUGAUUGAUUAUCUACUCGAAACCCGAAUGAAUAAUAAUAAUUUUGAAGAACAAUUUAACAAAGAAAAUCUAUUUGAAGAUUUUUUACUCACAUUUCCUAUAUUUAUCACAUGGAAACACAUGACCAAUUCAUUGCUUCGACACUAUAAAAUUGAUGAAUUAAAUUUUCGUCAAAUGGAAGAUUAUAUUGUGGAUAAUAAGAAACGUGUAGCACGAUUCAUAUUACUUUGGUUUAAGAUAUCGGUCGAUGCUUUUUUGAAUUGUAAAACGAUUUGGGUUUUUCUCGAUGAACUAAUCGAUCUGAUGGAAAAAGAUAAUCUUAAACACGAUAAUCAUUUUGAAACGGAAUUGACAUCAUUGAGAAAUAUUAAAGAAACCAAAGAACAUUACAAUGUAAAUUUGGAGAUGAGAGGCACUAUCGUUUACAAGGCUGAUAAUUCAAAUUCAGUUCGUCGAAUGUCGAAUAUAAAUGAAGCAUUAUUCGCUCAACCACCGGCGGAUACGGAUAAAAUUUUCAAACUAACGGCCAUCAAAGAAUUUGAUGAAAUCAUUUGUCGUCUAUAUUGUGCGGAUCAUACAUAUACAACGUUGAAAACAACAAUGGAUACAAAAGCAGAAAUUAUCCGUAAUCAAGCAGCUGAAAAAUUGAAUCUCGAUAAUUCAGUCGAUUAUACAUUGGUUGAAUUGAAAUCUGAUAAUGAACGAUACAUUUUCAACGAAACAGAACUAAACCUUGCAACAACAUUAUCAUUGAAUGGCCGUAUAUUUAUAUCGCAUAAAGAUCAUUUGGAUGCAUUGACAACAUUACCCGAACAGGAAGGAGCGACAGUUGGUUCAAUUUUCAAAUUGGAAUCAUUUUCAUCACAGGAAAUUGCUUAUUAUCUAACCAAUCAUACAUGGAAAUUAUUCUAUAAUAUUCAUCCAUAUGAGUUCAUUUAUUUGGUAUUUGGUCGUCAUAAUUUCAAUGAUAUAACAGCGAAUCUUGAUCUAUGUCGACGUAAUUUCAAUGAAUUACAAUAUUGGGCUAUAACGGAAGUUUUAUUGGAAAAAUCAUUGUCAAGAAGGGUACAGAUUUUGAAAAAAUUGAUCAAAAUUGCCGGAUACUGUAAGGAAUAUAAAAAUCUAAAUUCAUUUUUUGCUAUCAUCAUUGGAUUAAGUAAUGUAGCCAUUAGCCGAUUAACACAAACAUGGGAAAAAUUGCAUAACAAAGUUAAACGAAUAUUUACACAAUAUGAAUCAUUGAUUGAUUCAUCUCGUAAUUAUCGUCGUUAUCGAUUAUUAUUGUCAAAAUUUGAUCCACCACUCAUACCAUUCGUACCGUUAUUAAUUAAAGAUAUGACCAUCGUACAUGAAGGAAAUAAAACAUUUGUCGAUCAAGGAUUGGUCAAUUUUGAAAAAAUGCAUCUAUUAGCCCAAACAUUACGUAUGAUACAGGAUUGUAAAUCCGGUUCAUUUCAAAUACAAUCACCGGCAACAUUAUCAAUGAAAAAAAUGAAUUUUCCAAACGUAUUACAAGAAUAUUUUGAUCAAAUCAAAGUAAUUGAUAAUCAAAAACGUUUAAUGCAAUUAUCCUAUUGUCUUGAACAUCGAAAACUUUGAAAAGUUGACUUGAAAACAA